CCUUUUCUUACUUAAUCUUGCAACAACGACCAUACUUGUUUAGCAGUUUCUUUUCUAUAUUCUUACAAGAUAAAAACAGCAACCUCAAAUAAUUACGUGAAUGAAAUUCCAGCCUGUGUUCGCCUUUCUUUUACCUACCCUAGCGCAUGCUUUACCGUUGCUCUCGACGACAUCCAGCACGACAACGACAAGCAGCGCCACACUGACAGAUUGUAUCGCCGCCGAAUCUCCAUUCCCGGUCCAAAUCGAUCCAUUUGCUCAACUUGUCGCAACCCACUGGCAGUUUGAACAUCUCGAUUCCAUUAUUUCGAAGACUUACAAAGAAAUCUCGACUCAGUUUCAACGUCAUGUUCAAAUUAAUGUGAAGUCAUCUCAGCAGGAGGUGUUUCAGUCCUCGAGCUUUAAUUCUAUCGACACUAUGGAUGUGGAAAUUUUGAAGGCACAAAUAUUUGGUGCUUUACAGGCACACACCGAAGGCAAUCUGCCUUUGGCUUGGGAUCGAUUAGCCGACCGACUAGGAAAACAAGCGAUCGAAUCGUUCAUUCGCAAACUACUGAUUACCCAUUGUUCGGAUGUCGAGCAAGAGGACCCACUCGCCGACUCGGCCGAUCACAUCGACUCGAAAUGCUUGGCAACCAAAGCUGUCCAGCUGUCAUCCGAAUUUGAUCGAUACAUCGCCUAUCACCUGACGCACAUUUUCAAAACAUUGGAUGAACAAGUGUUGCCAGAGUUACUCGAGCACACUUCAAGGGAUCUCGAAGACGUUCUCAAUUAUUUCAACUCGGCUUUUCUUCAGGGCGAAACCAGCCGGUUAACGCUGGAUGUGUUGCCAUGGAAAUAUCAACCUUCCCCGGAAGAAACCAAAAACCAAGAGACGGCCUCUGCCGAUACACUUCAUGAUCGAUUGCUUCACCUGGCAACGGAGCCUGUCAGUUAUGAUCACCAUCCGAAUGAUUUCUUUUCUCAUUUUGCAUGUCUCGCAAGGGCCUAAUGUAUUGUAUUCCAUAUUUUUCUGCUGAAUGAUGUGAUGGAUUUCUGCCAACCAUUGCUUAUUCAACUAUCCCUUUGUAUUAUAUUCCAUUGUAUUUCGUACUCUUUUCUUCUUCAUCACCAUUUUUCUUCAGACUUUUGGGUCUGAUGCCGUCUUUCUCCUUUUUUCGGCUCCCUUUGUGUUUUCCUGCUACAUAUUCCUGUUUUAUAUAACAACGGUGCAUUUCUAUAUGCCAUUUCCAUCAUUUGCGCAUACCCACAUUCCUCUCCUUUUAUCCCUUUAGACGAGCCUUUCACCAUUUUCUCCCUGUUAUAUCUCCUCGUUUUUUUUUGUAUAUACCAAAAAUACAGUCAAUGGAAGAUGUUUGCCAACCAAGGCAAUCACUAAAAUAAUAAACAUGCAUUAUCCAAUCA